AUGGCGGACAGAGUCUCGGCGGCAAAGCACGGUCUUGAUUCUGACGCGUUAACUCCCCGCGACGUCAACGUCCAGCGCCCACCCAAAGCACAGGAGACCGCCGCAAAGGUCAAAGCAGCCCUGGCGUCCAAGCAGACCCAGAAGGACAAGGAGCACCCGCCUCCGCCUCCGCCCAUUGUCUACGAGCCUCCCAGCUCAGACCGCAAGGAUGGAGCCUCUUACCAGGUUGGCAAGAUGCUCGGCAAAGGCGGGUUUGCCAUUUGUUAUGAAGGCUAUCUCAAUAAGAAGCGUUACGCCCUCAAAAUCGUCCGAAGCAAAAUGGCCCCAAAAAUGGAGCAGAAGUUCCAAACCGAGCUCCAGAUUCACUCCAAGAUGAGGCACCAGAACAUUGUGCACUUCCUGAGAGCAUUCUCGGCGGAUGCCUGCACGUACCUCGUGCUCGAGCUGUGCCCGAACGGAUCCCUUAUGGAUAUGGUCAAGCGUCGAAAGGGCCUGACCGAGCCCGAAGUGCGAUUCUACUCCAUUCAAAUUGCUGGUGCGAUUAGAUAUAUGCACAGCAAAGGCAUCAUUCACCGAGACCUGAAAAUGGGCAACAUCUUCCUCGACCGGCAGAUGAAUGCCAAGAUCGGCGACUUUGGGCUGGCCGCAUUGCUCGUGACAGGCAAGGAUAUGCAGACAAUCCGCCGCACCACGCUCUGCGGCACUCCAAACUACAUUGCCCCUGAAAUUCUCGAAAAGGGCAAGAAAGGCCAUGACCACAUGGUCGAUCUCUGGAGUUUGGGCAUCAUCAUGUUUGCCAUGCUGACUUCGAAGCCUCCCUUCCAGUCGUCCACAACCGACGAGAUUUACAGGCGAGCAAGAAACCGUGAUUACGAGUGGCCAACGCCAGAGACAUCAAACAAGUAUAUCUCGCAAGAAGCCAAAGACUUGGUGGCGUCCAUGCUCGAAGAGCCAGACCACCGCCCAGAGCCUGAUGUUAUUGUUCAGCACGACUUCUUCCUCUCUGGCCACAUUCCGACACCCGAAGAGAUCACUCCCAAGCUGCGCGACUACCCUCCGGAUGCGGAACGUUUCUAUGCGACCGAGCUGACACCUCAAAUGGCAUCAUACAACCUGCGGAUACUCAAGGAUAUGUGCAGAGCAUGCGAGGUCGGUCCGUGGGCUGGUGAGAGGCCCACGCCUAAAAGCACGUGGAGAGAAAUGGCCCUUGAGGAGAAGGCAGGCCUGACUCCCAUCAUCCCCCUGGCCGAAGGCAUUGUUUAUAGGCCCUUUGACGAAGUGAGGAGGGAGCAGAGGCUCCUCGAUGGUCCCAUUGUUGGUCCUAUGCAGGCGUCCGUCCGCCAUGGGGAGACCUCCGCAGCGGUGCACGACGGUCCAUCUGGCCUCCUUCGUGCACCUCCCCAAAGCUUUGCGGCCCAACAAAGAGCUCAGAACAAGCCCGCGAAGACAAACACCGCCUUGCGCUCGCAAACGAUGGCGGAAGAACCAACGGCGCCUGCCGUGACAGCUGGAAGUCUCCGCACUCGUGCAAGACGGGAGCUCAACACGAGCUCUACUGCGAAUGACGUCCUGGCCAAGCCGGCUUCAAAACCGACCGUCAGGACAUCGGCCUCGCGUUCUAGACCAAUUGAGACUCGCACGAGGACCCUGGAUGGUGUCUCCAACAAUGUCUUUCCUGUAAUCGAGGAGAAGAGCUCGAGCACUGAACGUAUUAGGGCCAUUCCGGAGCCAUCACAGCAAUCUGGGGCGCUUCCUGCAGAGCCACCAUUGGGAACUUUGUUUGGUCCGGACGAGCGCAGAAUGUCAGUCCCGACAACAAAGCCAGACAUUGUACUUGAGCGCCUGUCGCGACUGCAGGCCGAGCUGGAGAGAGCCCUAAACUCUCGCUCCAUGGCCGUCAUGGGCAAGAGCCCACCACCUUCCUCACCUCAUAUUGUCGUGAAAUGGGUCGACUACUCCAACAAGUUUGGCCUCGGUUAUAUCCUCAACGACGGAGGUGUUGGGUGCGUCCUCCGGAGCAUCCCGGGGAGCGCGAGGGGGGGCAAAACGGUGACUCUCCCACCCUCGUGCAUUCUCGUGCGCGAGGCUGAACAACAUUGCGCACGCCGGCACGAUCCUGGCUACCCGGAUCGCCAUCAGAUUGUGCCCAUGGCCAAUUCGGUUCAGUUCUACGAAAACAACGGUGCAGGAGGCAUAUCGACCGUGUUUGUCAACCCCUCACAAUUCAGAAUCACGAUCAACGAGGAUGGCACGCCCAGCAAAGUGCCAGUUGGGCGAGACAUCUACGACUAUCGGAAGCGUGAGCUUCUUAUUCUAUGGAAGAAGUUUGCGAAUUACAUGAUGGCAUAUGGUCGGGAUCAAGAGGUAUCUGAGGAUUCUGGCUCUAUCCACGCACCGAAGACAGACGCAGUGCAGUCGAUGCCGCCGAGCGAUGUAGUGACAUUCUACCAGCGCAUCGGUGAUGUCGGUUGCUGGGUUUUCGCAGACGGUCACUCCCAGUUCAAUUUCCCUGAUCACACGAAGAUCGUUCUUGAUGCCGAAGGGACGUGGUGCCACUUCUGGCACCUUCCCCAAGAGGCAGCAGAGAAGCUUGCAGCAACCGGCGAGCUGGACGAGUCUGCGCUGGAUGACCGUGCCGUUCUGUCGUACCCUUUGCAGACACUUCUCAAUUUCGCGACCAAGCCUGCAGUCCGACCUGUCCGCAACACGACGCGUAAGCGGCCUGAAAUCAACCCAAUGCUUCAAGGUAUCCCCGCGGCGAAUCACUUUCGCCAGAAGAUUGAGUUCAUCCGGGGCAUUAUCCGCGAAUGGGUGAUGAACGGUGGUAUCGGAAAUAGCCGGAUGUCCCGUGAACAUCGGCAGCAAUGGACGGGCUGUCGUGAGACGGUCCACAGUGGUCCAAGCAAGCAUGUAUGGGUUACCAUUGGCGCAAGAUGGGGUGACGAAAGAUACUCGGCCAUGGUCGACCCCAAACGCCCCGGCGAGCUAGGGGAGGAAGUUGAGUCGAAGAGGAGUUCUUCAUGA